GCAUGUCUAACUGGAAUCUGUGGAUGGGGUCCUGCAAAUCAGUCAAAGCCCCUCCAUGUGCUGAGUCCUCAGUUACAGACACAAAUCCAAGGUGGUCCCUCCGCUGUCAUCGGCUUUGACAAGUCUGUCUGGACCCUCGAGUGCAGGACACUGUCAGCCUCAUGUCCUUCACAUUCCUGUCCAGUGUCCACAUGUCACUUUGAGUGACUUGUCACCAGUCAGUGUGGCAGGAAGGCAGAAGACUCUGUCAGGUAUAUAGCGCCUUACCUUAUAAGGACAACGGUGGUCUCAGGGUCAAAUUGCAUUUCAGUGAAGACGGCGCAGUCAUUGAGCCCUUGUGCUGUGUGUCCUUCUGUCUGUCUGUCUGUCCUCACUCGUCUCUCUUCUUCUCCACAGGUUGGGGUCUUGUGGUCUCACCUCGGCCUGCUGCUCAGCUCUCUCCUCGGUCCUCUCGUCUCCAAACUCACGGCUGACUGAACUGUACCUGAGCAACAACAACCUGGGAGAUUCAGGGGCUCAUCAGCUGAGUGAGGGUCUCAGGAGUGAGAACUGUAAAUUAGUGACACUGUGGCUCAAGUCAUGUGUUCUCACCUCGGCCUGCAGCUCAGCUCUCUCCUCGGUCCUCUCGUCUCCAAACUCACGGCUGACUGCACUGAAUCUGAACAAGAACAACCUGGGAGAUUCAGGGGCUCAUCAGCUAAGUGAGGGGCUCAGGAGUGACAACUGUAAAUUAGAGAAACUGAGGAUGGACUCUUGUGGUCUCACCUCGGCCUGCUGCUCAGCUCUCUCCUCGGUCCUCUCGUCUCCAAACUCACGGCUGACAUAUCUGAACCUGACCAACAACAACAACCUGGGAGAUUCAGGGGCUCAUCAGCUGAGUGAGGGGCUCAGGAGUGACAACUGUAAAUUAGAGGCACUGGUGUUGGACUCUUGUGGUCUCAACUCGGCCUGCUGCUCAGCUCUCUCCUCGGUCCUCUCGUCUCCAAACUCACAGCUGACUGAACUAGACCUGAGCAACAACAACCUGGGAGAUUCAGGGGCUCGUCAGCUGAGUGAGGGGCUCAGGAGUGACAACUGUAAAUUAGUGACACUGGGGCUGCAGAACAACGAGAUCAGUGAGAGUGAGGAGAGGAACCUGUGGUCACUAGAGGAGAAGCUGAGGAGGUCUGGACAUCAGCUGACUAUCAGUACAUGAGAAGACCAGCUCUGGUGAUCAGACUGACCCCUGUCAGUGACGAAGCCCCCCGUCCACUCUCCCCUAAAUUCUCCUCUUUCUUCUUUUUCUUCUCCUCUCAGCUCUGCUCCUCAUUUAAUAAACUCUCCAUGUCCCCUCA